CAUCAUAAACAAUUAAACCUUAACUGACAAGACGAGUUUUGACGUGAAAUAGAAGAAUACUUAUUAGAAUUUUGAGCCAAAACUACGUCCAUCUUCUCCCUUUCCUCCCCCCCCCCGCCCCUUCCCCCUUUUGACUUCGUAAUUCUUAGCCUCCACGGCUUCCUGUUCAGACGCGGCAAUCCACCAUCCCCUUUCCUCCACCAUUCUUCCUCCCUGAACCCUAAAAAUUCAUAUUAUAACAACAUGAAAGUCACCGGCGCUUCAAUCGUCUCCACAUUACGAUUCCCUUACAACUACACCUUGCAUCAGCUCUUGCCUUCCCAAUUCCUUUCCUCACCUUCUUCCCUCUCGCUUUCAUUCUGUUACAAAAGAACCAUGCCUCAAUCCCCGGCCCGUUGCUCUGCCGCUUUCUCCUCCCCAGCUUCCGACGCCGCCGUGCUGCCGAGCGACCCGGUGGUUAAGCCUAAACAACACCCAUGGCUUAUUGUUGGUCUGGGUAAUCCCGGGAAGAAGUAUCAGGGUACUCGCCAUAACGUGGGUUUUGAGAUGAUUGAUGCAAUAGCUGAAGCUGAGGGGAUAUCGGUGAAUACUGUCUCCAACAAAGCCCUUUUUGGAAGAGGUUUUAUUGGCAAUAUCCCUGUAAUGCUUGCAAAGCCACAAACUUUCAUGAAUGCAAGUGGUGAGUCUGUUGCACCCAUUGUCUCAUAUUACAAGGUGCCUCUGAAGCAAGUGCUUGUGAUAUAUGAUGACUUGGAUUUGCCUUUCGCCAAGUUGAGAUUGUUGCCAAAAGGUGGACAUGGUGGACACAAUGGGAUGAGAAGUGUCAUUGAUCGCCUCAAAGGUAGUCGGGAUUUUCCUCGGUUAAGAAUCGGCAUAGGGCGGCCUCCUGGGAAGAUGGAUGCUGUGAACUUCGUUAUGCGCCCAUUCAACAGACAAGAACGUGAAGAGUUAGAUAUGACAUUUCAACAAGGCAUUGAAGCUGUGAGGAUUAUGUUGCUGGAUGGGUUUGACAAGAGUGCAACGUUUGUCAAUAGCUCCAAACCCAUGGAACAACUUGGCUAGUCAAUAGCUGAACAGGAUCGCCAUUGUCUACAGAUAUUGGUUCAUAGAAAAAUGAUGUCCAGUGCAGAUUAUAGAUUCUCAAAGGAACAGAAGGAAUAUAAGCUAGAUUUCGCGCGAGGAGAUUAGUUCUUUGGCGAUAUGAUUUAUUUGAAGCUCGACGGCCGUCACAAUUGAUUGGAUAUGUUUGUAACUUUUUUGUAACCAAGUUAAAUUCUUACGGAGAUAAGUAAAGAAGUGUGUGUCAGUGUGACAAAAACAGGGAGAACGAAGAACAGAGCAACGCAAGAAAUGAGAAAAAUGGGA